AUGUGCACCCGCCGUCUUAACCGCCUCCCGCCCGGCCCAACCCCCUGGCCUAUAGUAGGAAACCUACCACACCUUGGUAAAACUCCACACCACUCGCUAGCGGCUUUAGUGACACAGUAUGGACCGUUGAUUCACCUUCGACUUGGCUUCGUUGAUGUGGUGGUGGCAGCGUCAGCUUCCGUUGCCGCACAGUGUUUAAAGACUCAUGACGUGAAUUUCGCCAGUAGACCACCAAACUACGGAGCUAAGCAUAUCGCGUAUAAUUAUCAGGAUAUGGUGUUCGCUCCUUACGGUCCACGUUGGCGAAGGCUACGGAAGCUUUGCUUGGUGCACCUGUUAUCUACCAAGGCGCUUAAUGAUUUCCGUCACAUUCGGCAGGAGGAGGUAGCUAUACUCACACGCACUUUGGCGAACGCCGGAGAAUAUUCAACAGUGCAAUUAGAUAAGCUACUUAACCUCUGCAUCUCAAACGCAUUAUCACGAGUCAUGUUAGGUAGGAGAGUAUUCACCAAUGGAGGUGGCGCCGGCGGCGAUCCUAAGGCAGAUGAAUUCAAGGAAAUGGCGACAGAAGUGCAGGUCUUAGCCGGAGAAUUCAACAUCGGUGACUUCAUCCCGGCACUUGACUGGUUGGACCUCCAAGGCGUCACCAAAAAGAUGAAAAAUCUUCAUGCUCGACUCGAUGCCUUCCUUAACGUGAUCCUUCAAGAACAUAAAACAACUGCCGCCAACGGCGGCGCAUCAGGUCAUGAUGUCGACUUCUUGAGCAUGUUGCUUUCGCUCAGAGAUGAGGUCGAUGGAAAUGAAGCGAUGCUUUUAGACGUUGAAAUCAAGGCUUUACUUUUGAACUUGUUCGUUGCUGGAACAGACACAUCAUUUAACACCGUGGAGUGGGCAAUAGCUGAACUCAUUCGCCAUCCACAAAUAUUGAAACAAGCCCAAGAAGAAAUGGACAUUAUAGUUGGUCGAGAUCGGCUUGUAAAUGAAUUAGACAUAAGUCAACUAACAUUCCUUCAAGCGAUUGUGAAGGAAACCUUUAGGCUCCACCCGGCGACACCACUCUCAUUGCCAAGGAUUGCAAUAGAGAAUUGUAAGGUCAACGGGUAUAACAUUCCAAAGGGAUCCACCCUCCUUGUUCAUGUGUGGGCCAUUGCAAGAGACCCAAAAAUAUGGACUGACCCACUUAAAUUUAAGCUUGGUCGGUUCUUGCCUGGAGGUGAAAAGUCCAAUGCUGAUGUAAAGGGAAAUGAUUUUGACCUCAUACCAUUUGGAGCUGGACGAAGGAUUUGUGCGGGCAUGAGCCUAGGGGUGAGAACAGUCCAGUUGCUCACUGCAACACUUGUUCAGGCCUUUGAUUGGGAAUUGACUAAUGGGUUAGAUCCAAAAAAUCUGGACAUGGAAGAAGCCUAUGGGUUGGCCCUUCGAAGGGCUGCACCCUUAAUGGUGCAUCCAAGGCCGAGGUUAGCCCCUAAUGUGUACAUUAGCGGCUAAAGUUAAGCUUAGCUACGUUCUAAUGAUAAUAAAAGAUUAUCUAUUUGAUAUUCUCUAUAAUAUAUGCAUUAUUAUAAAUGUGAUAUUAGACAACCAAAAAGUAAUGUUGAGAUUAGAUAUAUGUGACUUGAC